GCUCCGCCCUUUAAUGUAGACAUUAGCAACGGGUUCUCCGUGUGGCUAUGCCUCCUCCUCCCUGCCUCGGUAGGAACCAGCAAACUCUUGCUGGGAGAGUCUGAUAAGCUUUAAAAGAGGUGGCAAGGAAGACCAGCUCCCUGUGGACGCUACCCAUAUGGAAACAGGCCAAGACUGGAAACACCUUUAGGAAGACGGGUUUCCAAGCAAGCAUGUAUUAAGGACCUACUGUAACUGACUUAUUGAGCAGUCUUGGUUCCAUGGGAGACGAGCUGUUUUUGUGCUGUUUGGCCCCUUUCUACCUGGAAUGGAACAAAGCAUUGAACAAACAACUGAGAUCCUGUUGUGUCUCUCACCUGCUGAAGUUGCCAAUCUCAAGGAAGGAAUCAAUUUUGUUCGAAAUAAGAGCACUGGCAAAGAUUACAUCUUAUAUAAAAGUAAGAGCCACCUGCGAGCAUGCAAGAAUAUGUGCAAGCACCAAGGAGGCCUGUUCAUAAAAGAUAUCGAGGAUUUAGACGGAAGGUCUGUUAAAUGCACAAAACACAACUGGAAGUUGGAUGUGAGCACCAUGAAGUACAUCAAUCCUCCAGGCAGCUUCUGUCAAGAUGAACUGGUUGUGGAAAAGAAUGAAGAAAAUGGACUUUUGUUUCUAGAACUGAAUCCUCCUAACCCCUGGGAUUCAGAGCCCAGAUCUCCUGAAGAUUUGGCUUUUGGGGAAGUGCAGAUAACAUACCUGACUCAUGCCUGCAUGGACCUCAAGCUGGGAGACAAGAGGAUGGUGUUUGACCCUUGGUUAAUCGGUCCUGCUUUUGCCCGAGGAUGGUGGUUACUACAUGAGCCUCCAUCUGACUGGCUGGAGAGGCUGUACCAAGCGGACCUAAUUUACAUCAGUCACAUGCACUCAGACCAUCUGAGUUACCCCACACUGAAGAAGGUUGCUGGAAGAAGACCAGAUAUUCCCAUUUAUGUCGGAAACACAGAAAGACCUGUCUUUUGGAAUCUGAAGCAGAGUGGUGUCCAGUUGACUAAUAUCAAUGUAGUGCCAUUUGGAAUAUGGCAGCAGGUAGACAAAAAUCUUCGAUUCAUGAUCUUGAUGGAUGGUGUUCAUCCUGAGAUGGACACUUGCAUUAUCGUGGAAUACAAAGGUCAUAAAAUACUCAAUACAGUGGAUUGCACCAGACCCAAUGGGGGAAGGCUGCCUAUGAAGGUUGAUCUAAUGAUGAGUGAUUUUGCCGGAGGGGCAUCAGGCUUUCCGAUGACUUUCAGUGGUGGAAAAUUUACUGAGGAAUGGAAAGCCCAAUUCAUUAAAACAGAAAGGAAGAAACUCCUGAACUACAAGGCUCGGCUGGUGAAGGACCUACAACCCCGAAUUUAUUGCCCUUUUGCUGGGUAUUUUGUGGAAUCUCACCCAUCAGACAAGUAUAUUAAGGAAACAAACAUCAAAAAUGACCCAAAUGAACUCAACAAUCUUAUCAAGAAAAAUUCCGAUGUGUUAACAUGGACCCCACGACCUGGAGCCACUCUUGAUCUGGGUAGGAUGCUAAAGGAUCCAACAGACAGCAAAGGCAUCAUAGAGCCUCCAGAGGGGACUAAAAUUUACAAGGAUUCCUGGGACUUUGGACCAUAUUUGAGAAUCUUGAAUGCUGCUGUAGGAGAUGAAAUAUUUCGUCACUCAUGCUGGAUGAAAGAAUACUUCACUUGGGCUGGAUUUAAGGAUUAUAACCUGGUGGUCAGGAUGAUUGAGACAGAUGAGGACUUCAGCCCUUUUCCUGGAGGAUAUGACUAUUUGGUUGACUUUCUAGAUUUAUCCUUUCCAAAAGAAAGACCAAGCCGGGAACAUCCGUAUGAGGAAAUUUGGAGCCGGGUUGAUGUCAUCAGACACGUGGUGAAGAAUGGUCUGCUCUGGGAUGACUUGUAUAUAGGAUUCCAAACCCGGCUGCAGCGGGAUCCUGACAUAUACCAUCAUCUGUUUUGGAACCAUUUUCAAAUAAAACUCCCCCUAACACCACCCAACUGGAAGUCCUUCCUGAUGUACUGUGGGUAGAGAGGACCUGAGAUUUCCCAGUUCACAGGGAUACCAAGCAACAUGAAAAAUUCAAGUAUUUGCUGAUGCUACAUCUUGACCAUAGAAGCUUAUACCAAAGAAACCAUGCCUCAUUGACAUCAGCAGUGGAUAAUUACAUGUCGCAUUUGUGAAAUGUUCACAUAUCUUAUGUUUGUUGGAUCACUACAUAGCCAGAUUAUUAAUAUUUUACUUAUUCCGUCAAUAAUUUUCUAUCAAAGAACCAAUGAAUGCAAUAGGAACAACUUCUCUGUGGAAAAGAAAGAUAACAGGAGAUGUAAAUCCAAGCACAGAAGAAAUAGAACGGGCGGAGAAAAGGUUUCCUAGAAGACAGUGAAGAAAAAGGAAAGGGGUGGGGGAGCAGAAGUUAAGCUAGAAGAAGAGAAGAAAGAAGAGAAAUAGAUAAAUGAGAGGCAAUAAGAAGAAAAUAGGGAAGAGAAAAAAUUAAGAUGGAACUUAAAAAGGAGAAUGUAAAAACAGACAUUUUGCUCCUUAAUAGAUUGAUUCCCCAAAUAGAGUCCAUGAAUCUAAUUGAGUAAGAAGUGUUCAUGAGCUGUUUUCAAUUUUUCAAAAAGCUUUGUUGAAAUCAUCUAUUUACCAAAACAAGGCUGCAGAGGCUACCCUAAAAUGUAAUACUUUCGUUGGGACUGAAAGUAUUUUAAUUCGGUAACAAAAUCUGUUAUUUAAUGUAAAUUAUAAAUUCUAACAAAUGGCGGUAUCUUUGACUAAAAAUAUGAACACUAGCUAGUGAUAAAAUGAGUUUUAUAGACAAUAAUUUUCAAAAUCGAUAGAAUAAUCAACAAUAAAGACCCAUAUCUUGAAAAAAUUAGGAAAGCCUCUUCUGAACAUUUGAAAAUGCUGUUGCAAUGGUUAAAAUAGGCAACUAAUUUACUUCUGCUGAUGUCUGUAGUUUUUGAUGAUAUUCCCAUGAUUAUCACAUUAUCCCUAGGAAUGUGUGAUUGUUAACUACAUUUCUAUUUUACAUAUUGCUGUUUCCAGUAACACAAACCCCUCAUUGAUCUGAACAUCAAAAUUGAUUUUCUGAUUAUGUAUACUACCUCUUUAAUUCUGAAGAUACAAGAAUCCAGUGAUGGAAUUUAUCUCCUUAAAUCUCUUGAUUAUCUACUUCUCAUAAAGAUGAACACCGGUGAAGUUUGAUGGCUCUGGUUCACUUCACACAUUAUGCAUAUAUUUUGUGAUUUUGUGAUUUACAUUAUGCAUAUAUUUUAUAAAUUAUUUAACUAUCACCAAAAAAUAAAUGUAUAUCAACAGAAUAUGUGUUAAAAUGUAUAU